CAUUCGGCAGCUCGGCUUCGAUACAGCUCCUCCCCUAUGUGGUGGCUCCCGCGACCAGCUCCUUGGACGUGAACAGUUUAGCUGAAGAGCGCUUUUCUAAAUACCCCAACAAUCUCACCGACUUCGGGAGGAGUUGGUCCUCGGUUGGAUAAGGUUUUCCUGCUCCGUGUGUUGGACCAAAAUCUCUAACUAUACCAGCAAUGGAUACUUGGCUUGGCUUCUGCCCAGGCUUGCACUUAACUCUGUGUACCUGGUUUCUGAUCUCCGCUCAUACCCAGCUAAAUGCCAAGGCGGAGAUAACUUGCGCAUCGUGCCAGUCGCCGGUCCAGCUACACCUGAAGGAAUUACAGCUGGAUAUCGGUACGCACGCGGCUGAUGGUACUAGGCAGGCGGCCAGAGCUCUGGAACAGGUCCGGCUGGAGCGCCAGCUAAACGGAGUUACUGACCAAAAUACUGGAGUACCAAGCGACACCCAACAGGCAGGUGUUCUUGUGAAUGAGCCGAGAUUCAAUGACGAUGGAAUUACCCCAAAAGUCGCUCUGGAAGAUUUAACUGGGUCUAGAGAAAACGAAGAAAGGUACCGUGGGGAAUAUAAUAUUGGGGUGAAUGAUUUGGGUAAAGUCAAGGAUGGUGCUGAGGAUGUUGCGUUACGGAGAGCGAAGCGAAGCGGUCCCGAAACUCCCGAGUUUAGGGAGAGCCUUAUGACCGGUGGCCCCGGUUUAGAAGGAGAGACAUCGGAUGAGAGAAGGAGUCCUGGUCCAUUACUGGACGGACACAGACUGGGCCGAUCUGAAUUCAAGUGGAACAGGGACGAGGGUCGAGGGACUUCCAGAGGAGAUGAUCCCAAACUAAGCAGCACUACUUUCGCCUUGACCGGGGACUCAGCGCAUAACCACGCAGUGGUUUACUGGUCGGGGCAAAACAGCAGCGUGAUCCUGAUUCUGACCAAACUCUACGACUUUCACCUGGGGAGCGUUACAGAGAGCACCUUGUGGAGAUCAACAGACUAUGGAUCCACCUAUGAGAGGAUGAAUGACAAAGUGGGAUCUAAGACUGUGCUGAGUUAUCUGUAUGUCUGUCCAUCCAACAAGAGAAAGAUAAUGGUGCUGACAGACCCUGAGUUUGAGAGCAGUGUGCUCAUCAGCUCGGAUGAAGGAGCGAGCUAUCAGAAAUACCGCCUCAGCUUCUACAUUCUAAGCCUUCUGUUUCAUCCAACACAGGAGGACUGGGCUCUAGCCUACAGCCACGACCAGAAGUUGUACGCAUCGCUGGACUUUGGGAGAAAAUGGCAGCUGGUUCAUGAGCAUGUGAACAGGUUCUACUGGUCUGUAACAGGUCUAGACAAGGAGUCAGAUCUGGUUCACAUGGAGGCACACACCCCCAAUGGACGUAUACAGUAUGUAACAUGCCGGGUUCUAACGUGCUCAGAGCCCAACAGAAACUAUCCCUUCCCUGAAUACAUCGACAUCAGCUCACUGGUGGUCCAAGAUGACUAUAUGUUUAUUCAGGUUACUACAGCAGGACAGGCCAGCUACUAUGUGUCCUACCAGAGGGAUCCAUUCCUCAAAAUCAAACUGCCCAAAUAUUCUCUGCCUAAGGACCUCCACAUCGUCAGCACAGACGAGCACCAGGUCUUCGCGGCAGUGCAGGAGUGGAACCAGAACGACACGUACAACCUGUACCUCUCCGACACCCAGGGCAUCCUCUUCACCCUGGCCAUGGAGAACGUCAAGACCACCCGCGGCCUGGGGGGAAACCAGAUGCUGGACCUGUAUGAGGUAGCAGGUAUCAAAGGUAUGCUGAUCGCAAACAGGAGGCUAGACAACCAGGUGAAGACCUACAUCACCUACAACAAGGGCCGUGAUUGGAGGUUACUGCAGGCCCCGGCGACAGACUUGGCUGGCAACGACAUCCACUGUAUACUGCCCUUCUGUUCGCUCCAUCUCCAACUGCAGACGUCUGAAAACCCCUACCUGUCAGGCAGCAUAUCAACCAAGGACUCAGCACCGGGAAUCAUAGUGGCCACAGGGAAUAUUGGGUCUGAGCUUUCGUACAAUAACGUUGGAAUGUUCAUCUCAUCUGAUGCUGGUAACAACUGGAGACAUAUAUUCGAGGAGGAACACAAUGUCUGGUUUCUGGAUAAAGGAGGGGCCCUUGUCGCUGUGAAACAACCAACCGUCCCCACUAGGCAUUUACAAAUCAGUUUUGAUGAAGGGCGUCAGUGGACCAGACACAGCUUCUCCUUGGUGCCUCUGUUCGUGGACGGGAUGCUGGUGGAGGCAGGGACAGAGAACCAGAUCAUGACGUUUUUUGGACAUUUCAGCCAUAGGUCUGAGUGGCAGCUUAUCAAGAUAGACUACAAGUCCAUCUUCAACAGGAAAUGUACAGAAGGAGACUAUCAGACGUGGCACCUUCACAACAAGGGCGAGCCGUGUGUGAUGGGCCAGAAACAGAUCUAUAUGAAACGCAGACCAGGAAACUAUUGCAUGCUGGGAAAAGACUACGCCAAAGUCCUCUCUGCUGAAUCGUGUAUCUGUCGGGCCCACGACUUUGAAUGUGAUUAUGGUUAUGAACGGCGUAGAGAAGGGAACUGUCUACCAGCGUUCUGGUUCAACCCAGCGGUUGUAUCAAGGAGCUGCAGCCAAGGACAGAAGUACCUCAACAGCACAGGGUACCGAAAAGUGGUGUCCAACAACUGCGUCAAGGGAGUCAAGGACAUGUACACACCCAGGAAGCAGAUGUGUCCCAACAGGGCUCCAAAAGGCCUUUCUCUCUCCACCAGAGAGGGCAAGCUUACUGCCGACCUGCACACCAACGUCACCUUCCUGGUGCAUCUGGAUGAGGGGGACUCAAUGAGAACCAACAUCCAACUGGAUUUCGGAGAUGGCACGGCAGUCUCCUACUCCAACCUGAGCUGGAUCGAAGAGGGUAUCAGACACGUUUACAAGACGGCUGGGAUAUUCCGUGUCUCGGCCUUGGCGGAAAACACCCUGGGAUUUGAUUCCACCACCUUGUACCUCCAUGUUACUUGUCCUGUGGAACAUGUCCAGUUGCUGGCUCCAUUUGUGGCCAUCAAGAACAAGGAAGUAAACCUAACAGCAGUGGUGUGGCCCAUCCACUCAAGGACCCUCACAUACUUCUGGUGGCUGGGGAACAACACUGAGCCGGUGAUCAGCUUAGACGGGAGCAUCUCAUACACCUUCACAGGCGAGGGAAUGAACACUGUUACGGUCCAAGUGUCUUCAGCCAACACCAUACUGCAAGACACCAAGACGAUAGCAGUCCAAGAGUUCUUCAAAUCUCUGCUUUUAUCUUUCUCCCCUAAUCUGGACGAGUACAACCCUGAUGUCCCCGAGUGGAGACAGGAUGUGGGGAGAGUCAUUAAGAAGGCUCUGCUCCAAGUGUCAGACUUUCCAGAGGAUCAGCUGUUGGUUGCAGUGUUUCCAGGUGUGCCAACGGCCGCUGAGCUCUUCCUGUUACCACACAAGAACCAAUCAGAGGGCAGGAAAAAGAGUGAGGAGGAGCUAGAGCAGAUCUCUGAGAUACUUGCCAGCGCUCUGAACCAGAAUCUGGUGGAGUUUGAGCUAAAGCCAGGAGCAAGAGUAAUUGUUUACAUCACUCAGCUAACUUUGGCACCCUUGGUGGAUUCCAUGCCGAGACACAGCAGUUCAGCCAUGCUGAUGCUCCUAUCAGUAGUAUUCCUGGGUUUAGCAGUGUUUCUCAUCUACAAAUUCAAGAGAAAAAUCCCCUGGAUUAACAUAUACGCAGAGGUGAACCAGGAGAAAGAGCAGGAGAUGAUCGGUUCGGUCAGCCAGAGCGACAGCACGCCUAAGAUCACCCUCAGUGAGUUCUCUACGGCCAAAGAAGUAAUGGAGAAGGAGAUGGACGCCAGGGUUAAACGGCGAAUUGGACAUGCCUGCGAGAGCACAAGGGAGAUUCCUAACUGUACUAGCGUGUAAAGCCAGGGAAGGAAUGCAACACACGUGUACAGACAAAGUAUUGCCAUUUUGAGGGAUCUCUCUUUUUUGUUUUCUUUUGUAAUUUCUCAAACACAACACCAAUGUUAAUAGUUUUCUAAGGGCCUGAUUUAUACUGAUGUGCAUGGGUGUCUUGCUUGAUAGCAUCUAUGCGGCGAAUCUGAAAUCCACUCAACGAGACAAGUUUCAAUUACAAGUAUGAGCUUCUUAGGCCUACUUUUACGCAAUUUGGAUUAAAAAGAAACGUUACAUUUUCAGUCCGUAAUUGUCUUAUUUCAUGGACUUUUUUCAAAGCCUUUAUCAAAACCUACGAAGAGAGUUCUGUACAUUUCUUAAUGUUUUACUUUUCCUGAGGUAUAAGAGUUUUUGUCUGUACGGGCCAUCAUGUCUAGGUCUCCGAUCUAACAGGGAAUAUUAUUGAAAAUGUACCAUAUUAUCUUUAGAUAUCAGUUAUCACUCUGUAUAUACUAUAUGUAUGUUUCCUUUUCACACGCUUGUAGUAAAAGUACAAUGCCAAACACAGGAGAUCUAGUCAUGGGCUGUCAUCAGUUCUUAAAAGUGUGUUAAAAAGCAAGAUGUUACUUAUAGGAAGAGAUUAACUUUUUUUUAAUGAUGUCCUUGACUUGUGCAUGUUAUUAUUAAGGACGAGAUGUAUGUGUUGUAGAUAAGCAAGUUUUGUAAAAAGUUAUUUUCUAUUCAUUAAAAGAGCUCAGUCACUUUUACAUACAGUAUAUAUACAGACUCGCAUAUUCUUCAUUUGGUUGAUUUAUGGCUAUACAAUGUAUCUGACUUGUACAAAGGGUUUAACUGUUAAGAAGGGCAUCAUUUUCUAAAUAUCAAACCAGGUUAACACAACGCCACCCCUGCUUGAAAUGAAGUAAAACACAUAAUUGGUGGUAAUUUUUCACCUGCAUCUCAAGGUUAAACUCUUUGUAACAGACGACACUAGCCAUAAACAUCAUGGGAUUAUUUCUAAUGUUUGCCCUUUGAAUGUAACGAGAAAAGUGGAAUCGACCAUUUAUGAUCCGUGGAUAUAAUUUGUGUCUGACUCAUCAAGAUGAUCCCACAUUGUUGUCGAUGUCAAAUUGUUAUUACUGAUGAGUAUAUUGUACAAGGCCCAUCAGCGUGUCAAGGACAAGUAUCUUGGGGGUAUUUUGCAGUGAUAUAGUGUAUCAAGUCCUUUGCUGGCAUCUAUUCAUAGAGUGUCCUGUCUCUGUAAAGCAUAUCAACUCUCAUAGAGUUUCAUGGUAAUCUCCUCAAACAUUAUCUCUCAAACAAUAUCUCCAUACAAAGAGGGAAUAAAUCAUCUUUUGUGUUGACUUUCCACUCAUCUGAUAAGGUAUCUAGAGAAAAAAAACUACACAAGUCCCUGAUUUUAAACCACCAUCCCAUCCGUUUGAGUCUCGUCAAAUUAUCCCACUAUCAACACAUUUCAUCAGCUUCAUUUAGAAGUUAGAAACUUACUGUUGAGUCAAGUUCCACCACUUAAAUUCCCUAGCGUGGUGAAAUACACACAAUAGUAUAAAUGCUAGCUAGUAGCUAGUUUCCUCCACUACACUGCUGUGCAAUGCAGUCCUCCGAAAGCUGUCAUCAGCAAGAGCAGGAGCAGGAGCUUCAGUCAGCCAGCAGCUUGAAGGCACGGACAGGUCCCCUGGCAGCAGGUGUAGCCAGUCUGGCGGUAAGCGGAGAUGAGUGGAUGAUUAAGCAGCGAAUUCACCAUGCCGAGCUAUCCCACAAUGCCAUGCCUGGAGUUAGCACAUGACGACACACAGAGGCAGGAAUGGCGGGAAUGUUUAGAGAAUGUUGCAGAAGGAAAGUGUUUCCCAUGAUUGUGUACAUAAGUGUGUUCAGUAGUAAAGGAAAGGGGUGGAGCUUCUGUGUCUGUAGUCAACUUGUUACAUUGUAACGAGAGUGGAGUUACAUUUUAAUAGGAGUGUUAUAGCAGUGACAAUCUAACGUUAUGAUGCAUGAAACUCCAUCCACAGAGGCAUUCUUCCUGACAGGACAUAACAAAGCAACACUCAUCUGACUGUCUCUAUUUUGUUUAUUGUUGACAACUCACUUUUAUGUUCUCAAUGUCACGCCGGCUUUGUUCAAAUACUUAUUAAAAGAAAACAGGAAUAUUAAAUUGUUUUUUCUUUGUGCCAUCUCUGCCAACACCAGUUCCUAAGGUGACUCCUCCUCUGGUAGACAAAGUUGAGCGAGCUGAGCUAAAAGGUCACUGAGAGUUCAUCCACGUGAAUGAUUCCUUUUAUUUCUCCUGAAUGUCUUCAGAAGACAUUCCUUCGACAUGUAAAGCCAUUAUAGCAGUGGAUUACAACCAUUCAUCCCAUGAGCCUCGAAGCUCUUUUUGCCCCUAUGAGCUGGAAACAUGCGUUGGCAUUUUCGCCAUGGUUGUUGAUCAUUCAACAGUGCUAAGUUCUUCAGACAUGCUUCAGAGGCAAGACCUGUUUUGAAAAUAUAUUUUUCUGUACUGCUGCAGGUUUGUAGGGAAAGUGGUGGUAGGUUGUAAGGCAACAAAAUGGGAACAAUGCUAAGAGGCGUGAAUACUUUCGCAAAGGCACUGUAAUUGGGUUUUGUUACAUUUGUAACAGUUUGUGCGCUUAUUUAUUGGUGUAGAUAUCUUAUUCUGUAACGUUCGUUUGAAAAAAGUUUUCUCUUGUGUUUGUUGAUUCCAUUGAGCUGGUUUGAUUAGUUACAAAUGUUGAACACCUAAUAUAAGAGUAUCUAUGAAAUCGGAAAGGGAAUCAAGAUUGUGGGAAAGGGAAAUUAAGAAACCUUAGUGUACAUAGAUGCAGUAAUGAGGUCAAUGGAACUCAACCAAAUGAAUGGAAAUGUCAUGGAAACGCGUAGGGGAAAGAUGGCCUGGGGGAAUUGUCCUGAAACUCCUCAUUGACCCGCAGCAAAAUGUGGCUACACUUAGGCUAUUGUUUAUAUGUGUAUUUCACACUAUGUUGAAGUAGAAAUCGGAGUAUAAUGCAUGUAGGGAUGUCAUUGUGACCAAUCAACUGCGUUACAGUUAAAAACGACUUUGACUACCAGCACAGAUUUCUGUAUAAUAGCUAUGCUACCAGCUUAUACGAACAGGAGUUAGCAUUUAGCAGUCACUUCUUCAAACCUGAAAUGGGAAAACUUCUAAAAUGUUAUGCACACUUUAGUAACCACUUAGUGGGCCUGUUACAAUACAUCAAUCAUGACGGAUUUGACUAUCUACUUUGUUAGGUCAGAUUUGAUGAAUGUGCGCUAAUCUCCGUGGCCUGCGUUCCAUUGACCUCUUUACCACAUGUAUUAUGAUUCUAAGGGCAGACCAUUGUAAUACUCUUCAUUGCACAAAUCCUACAAAUGCAUGCAUCAUCAGUGCUGUUCUGUUUCAUCUUAAUUUCAAUAUUUCUACUGUAAAGAAAAUGUCAUUUUGAAAUUGUUUCAAAUAAAUGUAUU